AUGCUAACUCUCUCCAUACAUUUAUAUACGUUAGGCUUCAACGAUAACUCUCUAGCGCGUCCCAGAUACGCACCACCCCAUAGCUCCGUUGGACGGACACCAAACGACGCAUAUUGACAACCAAAAGAACCCUCUGGCAGUGGCGAUUCCACCUACUGAAGGAAUUGCAGGAAAUCAAACAUAUGCUACUUCAGUAACUAGCACAACAGUCAUCUCGAUGCCCCUCAUCAGCCAAGAGAAGCAGUAAUAGCAUGGCAAACCACCCACAACGGGAUGCCGAUGGUGAUAUUUAAAGCUAAAGACUAUUAUGGAAUCAUGGCCGAAGAAUGCAAAUUAACAAUUGUGAGGAGAUUCUUAAAAUCCCGUCCACAAAUAGAAAGAAUAAGGUCUGCCUUCAGGGAACUUUUUUCGAUCAAGGGUUCUGCUAAGAUCGGUGUCUAUGAUAACUACAACAUUUUCAUAGACUUUACCAAUGAAGAAGACUUCCGGUCGAUAUCGUACAAAAGGGUGAUCGAAAUCGAAGGAUUACAAAUGUGGCUACAAAAAUGAUCGCCGAAUUUCAAACCAGACGAAGACAUCCCAAUUGUUCCGGUGUGGGUUAUCCUCCCAGUUCCAAACGACAAUUGAGCAUACAAAUCACUUGCCAAGGGCUUCGAGAUGGUUCGCGUACACGUGAAAUACGGCGACGGCGACGGCGACGGCGAGUUCCUCUACAACACCGAAACGACUUCAACUGUUGUUGAAAUCGCUAAAGACAUUACAGAAAUCGCGAAUCUCCAAUUGAAGAUUCAAUACCUCGCCCUCAAAUUCGAGCCUUAUCUCUCCAAGCAUCAAGGCGAUCCUAAAGUGAUGCCUCUUGUGAGAGCUUUCUCUGAAGCUACUUCGUACGCCUCCAAGGACCAGGUUAUACAUAACAAGCCUCUAUCACUGUAUGUACUAAGAGAUCACACAAGAAGCAUUGAGAAAGAAUUCUUGGUAACAUACUCAGUAAUGGGAUUAUCAAGUUCCGAUUUACAGAAGUUCUUGUCAGACUUGCAGCUCCUUGAAGAAAAUACAUUGCAGCUUUUGUGGGCAGGAAAGGAGCUCACCAGAGGGAAAAAGUUGUGCGACUUUAUAGGAAAAAAUGAGAAGACAAAGAUUGUAAUCAAGCUGCAGCCACAUAUUCCACCUCCUUCAUCACUUUCUGCAUAUUGGUGUUGUAAAGAUUGCACGCCUAACUUAUUUAUGUACUCCUGGCAUCUCAACUAUGACGACUAUCCAGAACGUUCUAAAGCUUAAUGCUAUAAGUCAAACUCAGUGAAUCAUGUCGUCAGAUUCCUAUAAUUUCUUGCUCAGUUUGUUGUGCUUACACUAAGUGCAAUGAAGAUGAUUUUUUUUUAUAUGAAGUGGUGCAAUGAAGAUGAUUUGAUCACGUAGUUCAUUUCUUUCAUCUGAUGGUCCUAAACGUGCAGUGAAGAUGAUUGGAUCUCGUAGUUCUUCUUUCUUUCAUCUAAUGAUCCUACUUCUUGAGACAGCGAGGAAAAAUAUAGAUAUGUAGGCAAACAAAUUGUACUAAUGCUUGAUGAACUAGAAAAGACAGAGAUAUCAUUGCAUUGCUUUAAUAUUCUCUAGAGACACGAACCAAAAAUAAAAUUUCUUUGAUAUUUGUGAAAGUAUACAGGCUUUGGCUCUCACUUUGUACCUGGAUAUUCUACAUCUUUGAUGGUUUCCAUUCAUUUCAU